AUGAAUUCCUUUGCUACAAACUCAAAGAAAUCAUUCCACAUCCGCUCUAACAGUUUGCCAUCAAAGCCACAUCCAGUCGUCACCGAAGUUGAUGAACAUCUCUGCAGAUUGCAGGCCUCUGAAACCACUUCUUCAUCUUCUUCUUUGUGCCAAAAACUUGAUCGCCUUCAGGAUUUGCAUGGUUGCAUUGAUAAGUUGCUUAAUUUGCCACUCACCCAUCAAGCUCUUGUUGACAACAAAUCUGUUGAUGACUUGCUUGAAGGAUCUCUCAAGCUCUUGGACUUGUGUUCUUUGGCUAAGGAUGCAUUGUCGCAGACGAAAGAGUCAGCACACGAACUCGAGUCAGUUUUGCGUAGAAGAAGAGGAGAUGACAUCGUAGGCAAUGUUCAGAAGUAUUUGAACUCGCGGAAGAUGGUGAAGAAGGCAAUCCAAAAGGCCUUGAAGGCCAUGGAAAGAACAAGUUCCCAAAAAAGUGAUGAAAGUUCAGAAAUUGGUAGCUUGUUAAAAGAGGCAGAAGCAGUCACAUACAGCAGCAUUGAAUCCUUGUUGUCAUUUAUAGCAGGACCAAAGUUGCCAUCAAAGAUCAGUAGAUGGUCUUUGGUUUCCAAGCUGAUGCAGCCCAAGAGAGUGGCUAGUAAAGAUGAAGACACAAAUGGAAAUGAAGUAGAGAUUGUUGAUGCUUCAUUAUAUUCAAUCACCAGCCACAGUUCUAAUUUCCUUGUGCAAGUUGAAGAUGUGCAGAACUCGCUGAGGAAAUUGGAGUCGAGUAUUCCCGACCUUGAAGAUGAUCUUGAGAGUCUAUAUCGACGCCUCAUCAAAAAUAGAGUCUCGUUUCUUAACAUCCUGAACUAUUGA